CACCGGGGAACUUCGCUUGCACGUCUCGGGCAUAAUAUAAGAACAGCCCGCAAGUUUUGUAAACUGCCGUCUAUAACCAACGUGCUUCGACUCUCACUGUUAACCUCUCCCCCUUCGUCUACUCCUUACCCUUCUUAUCCUUCUUGUUCAUCACUAUCAUAGUCCCCAUCCCAGAACCCCGGGCCACAAGAAGCACUACCGUUACGACCAAAAACCCAAGCCAUCCCCGCAGUUAUGGCAAAAUCAACCAAAAUGGCAGAGGCAACCUUUGCUGUCAACGUCCGUGGCUUUCACUUCGGCCUUUUACGACUCUGCCCUAAGGCCAUUGGCUAUUCCUUCAACAUUCCUGUCAUCUUGGCUUUGCUCUUGAAGGACGCUGUAUUCGCAACAGCAAAGAUGGUUUUCCAGGUUCCUAUGCGACUCCGGUACCUCUUCCCGGCCUACGGUCAACACCUGGCCGUUGAGACUCGAAAGCAGGCUCACCAGUAUGCUAGCCCGUAUGCUAGCCCGAAUGCCUCUACCGACAGCCUUCCCUCGCUUAUCUCACCCGGUUUUUCGACAUACCGAAAGCAGGCUCACCUGUAUGCUAGCCCGAAUGCCUCUACCGACAGCCUUCCCUCGCUUAUCUCACCCGGUUCUUCGACAUACAGCUCAAACAUCGGCGACCUCGACCUCGACCUCGACCUCGACCCCGACGACGACGAGCUUCCUUCACUUCCGUAUGUCCCUCCGACACCCGAGGAAAUCAAACGAUGGGUCGAACUCUCUUUUGAGGAACGCCGCAAGGUGGCAGAUAUGCAGUAUAACGGGUGGAGCUGGAUGUCGUGGAGUCCGCCUCCGAGUCCCUCUCUGCCGUCGCGUCAACAUCUACCGAAUGGUAUUCCGGAGUGGAGGGAGGAAUGGAGCGACUUCGACUUGCCUCCGAAUCCUCCGAAUAUCCCGAAGUCAAAGGACUUGGGAAGAUGGUGGGGGGAGGCUACUGAAGAGGACCGCGCCCGGAUCAACCGUAUCAACAUUGACGGGUUGAACUGGCGGACGUGGGGUGCUCCUCCUCCCCAGCGCCCCUGUGACGGAGAGUUUGUCGUUUGGUCUGGGAUUGGCCCUUGGGCUGAAACUGGUGACGAUGGUGGCCUGCCGAACGGAUCACCUGCGACUGGCAGCAGCGAGCAAACGUUGAACGAGCCGAUGCUGGACCAACAGCCACUUGUACAGCGCCACCCUCAUAAGGGAUCGUCAGCUUAGGAAGAGCACGUAAUCUCGCAUGAGGGGCUUGAGCUUGCUGUUGCGGAUAUAGCUCCCGCGAACUCGUUGCUGGUUGUCGCACUCUCCUCGGCA